UAUAUAUAGUAGUGGCUGCGAGUAUGGAUUGCGUAUAGUAUAUACCGUUUGGUCAAUAGAGGACCAUCAAAAUGCUGUCUUUCGCUUUGGUAUUACUCUUCGCUUCGAGCGCGUUCGCCGCGCCAUCAGUCUCUGUAUCCCAAUAUGGAAUCAACGAGAUUGCUCCAGUCCCUGACAAUGGCAGACUCGUCUCCAGCUACCUGACCGACCGUUCCUUCGAGAUCGUCGACGGUGGCGACACCAACAUCUACAUCCUGAGUCUGCAACAAGUCCUGAAUGACCUGGCCAACCAAAAAGACGCCAAAAGCCAAGCCCUGGCCGUGGCUCAAACCGUCGCCGCUCUCGGAGAGCUCGCCACCGGCAACCCUGGUGACUCUUGCGAGGCUGCCGCUGUCGCCAACGCUGUCGCCUCCGGCAACCACGGCGCCAUCAGACAAGCCGUCGGCAACUUCAUCCGCCGUCUGCAGACCAGCAUCGACCUGAUCGUGCAACUCGCCAACAACCCUAACUCUGUCCGUUACGCUACUGGACCACGCUCCAAAUGCGUUGGAGGCGGCAGAACCUACCAAUUCGAAGCAGCUUGGGAUGCUGUCCUUAACGCUGCUAGCCCAUACACUCUCCCACUCGUGAACGAGGAGUACUGCGCGGCUAAGCGUCUGUACAGCGCCUUCAACACCCGCAGCAACAACGUCGGAGCCGCCGUCACCGCUGCCUCCGUGCCACAAGUCGUGGCCGUCGUCCGACGCGCUCUGACCCCAGUUGCCAACUUCCUCCGCGUUGUCGCUUCAGGAGGAAACCCAGCUCAAGCCGCUGCUAUCGCUAAGUCCGCCCUCGUCCAAGCUGCUAGCGCUUAAGCGACCACGACCACCCAUACAUAUCCCAGCCAACAUAUAGUAUCUAUAUAUAACCAUGCCAACCGGCCAUAUACUCCUCCCUGAGCACACCUAAUAUAAUAUCGAAACAUAUAUUACGCUUAGUGUCUCAGCAGAAAUAGAUAGUAUUUUAUUUAUUGUAAAUAUACGUUACCUAUUUUAUAAUACCUA